CUGACCAGUCUGCCUCCCGAGGGGCUGCGGGGAGCUCCCCCUGCUCUGGCAUCUCCUCACCCCUCCUCAAGCCCUUCAGCUCCCAGCACCCGGAGACGGAUGGUGGCAAGGGGGGGAGGAGGGAGAGAGAGGGACUGACAGCAACAGCCCUUUCUCCGGGAUGGGUUGAGAGAAAUGAAAACCUCCCGACCUCCUUCCUCUGGGUGUUUCGGAGCAGAUCCUGCCUGCCUGGCGGGGUGACUCCUCUGCACUGUCUGUGCGCGCUCCUGUGCGUGUGCUGCUGCCAUCGCAGAUGUACCCCCAGCUGUCACUUUGCCGCGUGCAGUCGCUCCCUCUCCCGCUUCUCUCUGUCUUUCCCUCUCCCCCUAUUUAUCAUUUACGGAGAAUUACAGUCCCUUUCCCACGCUGCCAUCUCGCUGUGUGGCUCCUCUGCCCUCUGUGCAGGGCGAGUGGCUGGCUAGGAGGGGGUCCUGCCGACUAGGGUCCACUGAAAGCCCGGCCGAGAACAGAGGGACUUUAUGCUGGAUUUGCUUUGGGAUUGUACCAGCUUCACUGGAAGAGCUGCCGUUCUCACAGGAGGGUCCAUCCCAGCCUGAGAGAGGGCCUGGCAGGCAAGCUACAAGGUCACUCCUCCUCCUUUUGGGGCUGUGUGCCAGGCUGGCUGGUGGAUGUGAAGACACGCUGGAGAAGACAACAAUGCUGCCUACAACUGCUGGCCACCGGUGGAGGAGCAGGUUCCUCAUGAGGUGGCAAGAGGCUUGUCUGCUUGGCUGUUGGCUGUCGCUAUGUGCUGCCGAGUCCUUCUUUGCUUGCCCUUCCUCCUGCAAGUGUAACAGUGGCAAACUGGAAGUGGACUGCAGUGGCUUGGGCCUCUCUUCCAUCCCCUCAGACAUCCCUACAAACACCAGGACCUUCCUCUUUCUCAACAACAAACUCAGCAUCCUGCCAGGAGCAGUGUUUUCCAACCUCUCUGCCCUACAGAGGCUGGAUCUAUCCAACAACUUCUUAGACCAGCUCCCUCAGAACAUCUUCAGCGACCUGGGGAACCUCACGGAGCUCCAGCUGAGGAACAACAGCAUCCGGGCCUUGGACAAGGACCUGCUACAACACACGGCCCUCCUGCGCCAGCUGGAUCUCUCCAUCAAUGGCCUGGCCCAGAUACCCUCAGGCAUCUUUGACGACCUGCCUGCUCUCCGAUCCCUCUCUCUCAGGUCCAAUCGCCUACAGAGCCUGGACAGGGUGACCUUCGAACCGCUAACCAGCCUGCAGCAACUCCAAGUUGGGGAUAACCCCUGGGAAUGCGACUGCAACCUCCGAGACUUCAAGCACUGGAUGGAGUGGUUCUCCUACAGAGGUGGGAAAAUCGACCAACUGGCAUGUACCCUGCCCAAGGAGCUGAAAGGGAAGGAUAUGCGAAUGGUGCCCAUGGAGAUGUUUAACUACUGCUCCCAGCUGGAUGAUGAGAACAGCUCUACAGUGCUGGACAAUACCGGUCCACCCUGCACUAAAGGAAACCCAACUCCUUCCAAAUCUAAAUCAGGCCCAGAAACAGAAGUGGAACCCAGUGUGGGAUGCCCUCAAAAACAGCGAUAUAGGCCUGUGAGUGUGCGCCGGGCUAUUGGUACUGUGAUCAUCGCAGGGGUGGUUUGCGGCAUUGUUUGCAUCAUGAUGGUGGUGGCAGCUGCUUAUGGUUGCAUCUAUGCCUCCCUUAUGGCCAAGUACCACCGGGAGCUGAAGAAGAGGCAGCCACUCAUGGGUGACACAGAAGGUGAACAUGAAGAGCAAAAACAAAUCUCUUCUGUGGCAUGAAACUCUUCUAGGAAGGAAGGGACAGCAAUGAACAAAGGUACCUGAGAGCAGUCAAGCAUGGGGUCCUCCCAAAAUGCAUCUUCCCAGACAGACAGACUGUGCUAUUGCUCCACUCACCCAAGUAGUGCAACAUGCUUUUGGGGGGGGUCAGGGCACCUGGCUUGAUUUCUGUUCCUCUGCCCGAGGCCCAUUUUAUGCCCUUUCACCCUUGGGCCCUCCCAGACAAAUAAAGUAGAGUCAGACCUCGAGUGCUUGCUGUGCCUCAUGCCCUUGCACAGAGCUUCCCUCACAUGCCUGCUGUGGAGGCAGCCGGCACCUUUUGGGAACCUGUGUCAUCCUCUCAGCUUCAGUCCUGAGUUGUCCUGUAUCCUGUCAAGAGCUCUCUGCAAACAGAGAGAGCAGCUCUGUGAAAGCUGGUGUGAGGAACGGGCCACCAGAAGUGGCCAUGCCUCACUGUUAGGGUCACUGCUGUUGUGUGACAGUAAGUUGCUGCCCACCCUACAAGUCAGUGCUGCCGAGAGCACAUCACGAAGGGAGGGAACGUCCCUAGGCGAUGACAACAGUCAGGGGCAGAUUUCUCUUCUCACUUUUAAAGAUGGAAAGAUACCUGUAUUAUUCUAACAUGCUGCCAGAGACCAUAGCGUUCCUCUUUUUGCUCCUGGCCAAGUCCAAAUCUGUGAGCUGACACACAUACGUCAUUCAUUAUAGGUGCACAGAUAUAGAGCCAUCCUCCUGUACACACACAUGCUUACUGACGCAUUCUGAUCCAAACACACACACACAGUCAGCCCCAACUCCAGACGUCCAGGCACCCCACCUGUGCAUGCAGAGACACAUAUGCCCAUGCUGAUCUGCCCUCUGCAUGCAGCCAUGAAUACAUUCAGCCACUUCACCUUACUCUCAUCAUAACAGUGCAUAGCACCUUCUGCUUCAGACAAAAUACAUGCACCCUGUCACUGAGGAGCUAACAACAUCAUCUCGGCCAUAGUGCAGAGCCAGUAGAAACAGGCAGGAUUGAAUAGAGAGAGGCAAAGUUAUUAACUUUACAGCAUGAGUCUGUGGAAAUGAGUACACAGCGCACACACACACAAAAAAAGGUGUGUUCUUGUUAUCUGUUUUAUGCUUUCUAUGAUAAAUGGAAAGGGUAAGGAUAUGAAGCCUCCAUUUAGAAAUGUUUGAUUGGCAGACCAGAAAUGGGUCAUCAGGAAAGACCAGAGGAGGAGGUGGCUUACCAGCCUCAGCAGUGUAAACCAUGCUGAGGAGUAGCAUGAGCCAAAGGGAAGGUGGCGGGAGAAGAUGAUGCACAACCCAUGAGCUGGCAUGGCUGGCAGAGGGGCACGCACAGUGUAUGGAGUAGGGUUUUGCAGCAAGGGCAACUGAAGAGAGGGGGCACAAUUCUGGAGGGUCUUGAGGUGAAGGCUGAAACCUGAACCAUAGCGUGGCACAGGUGGAAGAGCCCAGGAAGGGGCCAACACCGUACACAGCACAGCCCACAUAUGCCCCCCUCACCAUCACUGCUGUGUUCACUGCCAUCCACAGCUACACAGGAGUGUGCCCACCCACACAACUCUGCACACUGCCACUGUCACGUAGGGUGACAUCCCCCAACCAGAUUUUAAAGCCCUCAGACUGCAGUGCCUCCUAUUAGUCUUAGCUCUUUCUGACCUUA